UUGCCUUGCGCCGAGAAACAGUGGGCAGGAAACGGCAGGCAAAGAAAGACUUGUUCACGGGUUCCAACACCAUGGCACAGUACAAAUAACCGAAUAUGUGCUCCACGUUAUAUUACUAAUGUUCGGGAACGGCCACAGUCUUCGGCUUCUUACCAAGACUUUUGGAGACGUUCCUCGAAAGCUUUUCCGUGGAGAGAUUUGACAACUCCCACCCGUGAAAGGUGUCUGCGGUCUAAAAACAUCGGGGCGGACCGCGGGUGGGAAGAGGAUUCGUAGAGAAGGGCUGUCUGCUUUCUGGAGCCAUGAGGGAGUAUAAAGUGGUCGUGUUGGGCUCGGGCGGCGUGGGUAAAUCAGCAUUGACGGUCCAGUUUGUGACGGGAUCCUUCAUUGAGAAAUACGACCCCACAAUAGAGGAUUUCUACCGAAAGGAGAUCGAGGUGGACUCGUCGCCCUCUGUUCUGGAGAUACUGGACACGGCCGGGACCGAACAGUUCGCCUCCAUGCGAGACCUGUACAUCAAAAACGGGCAGGGAUUUAUUUUGGUCUACAGUCUGGUCAACCAGCAGAGCUUCCAAGACAUCAAGGCAUUGAGGGAUCAAAUCAUCCGAGUGAAAAGAUACGAACGAGUGCCAAUGGUAUUGGUUGGAAACAAGGUGGACUUGGAAGGCGAGAGGGAGGUCUCUUCCGGGGAAGGCAAGGCGCUGGCUCAGGAGUGGAAUUGCCCGUUUAUGGAAACUUCAGCAAAAAAUAAAGGCUUGGUCGACGAACUGUUCGCAGAAAUCGUGAGACAGAUGAACUAUUCUUCUUUACCCAGCGGUGGAGAUCGCUGUUGUUCUUGUGUGCUUCUCUAAGAAAACAUGUUUCGUGCAGCUGUCAUUCAGGCCUGGAGAGAUGGAUUGGAGGACUCAUCCCUUUCUGUGGAUUCUGCUGGGCUCAAGGAACAUUUGCCUCCCCCCCAAAAAUUGGAAACUCCCUGCAAAAGCUCUUUUUCUUUUUUUUUGGUACAGUGUCAAAUAAACCCCAUAUGCCAGUCAGUAAACCUGCACUGUUCACUGGAAUUAGCCUAAACCUGAGCAUCCUGUUCAAAUAAGACUAAACAUAACAAAUAGCUUAAACAUCAAGCUGUGGUACGUUACCUGUAGAAAAAAGCCUACUCAAGACAUGGGGCGUAUUCAUUACGCAGAUUCUGUUGCAAAAUGUUUCUUAAACGGAAGCAAACGGGGUGUGACCUAUCUGAAUUUGUCCAAUAGAAACUUGUUUUUUUCGAUUUGCUUACGUUUGGUUCUUAAACGGUUUCCAUAAUGAAUACGCCCCUGGAGUGUGGUGGUUUGAAUUGUGUUUUUUCUUGGGGACUGGUGAUGACGUUGGAUUGAAUACAAGACUUGCACUUCCCUUUCCAGUGUCACUCUUUGAUUUGCACAAACAAGGACCUUACAGAUGUUACUGACAUGACAUGGCGAAUACACAUGACUGGACCCCAUGUCAAGUGCCUUCCUAAGAAUUACACUUGUCUCCAUGUGCCAACCCAGGAGCCCUCUAAUCACAACAGUACUUUACAGUUUCAGUUGGGCUCAUAGUGUUACUUUUUGGAUUUUCAGAGAGGAAGUUGAGGUGUAGACCUAGACCAACUAACAGUUAUUUUAUGGCAAAGUUUGGCCUAUUUUUUUUAUUUAUUUUAUCGCCCCCCCGGUACUAAUUCACUGAGAAUAUGAACCCAAGCAGAUUUAUGCUGUGGGCUUCAGAGAAAAGAAAGCCAUGUUUGUGUUUUUAAUUUUCCAUUUUUAUGAUUACAUUCUGAAAUGUGAAAUCCUGAUUCAAUUGUAAUUUUGACCUCAAGUCUAUUACUACCCACCUGUCUGGUUUGGAGGACUUUUGAAUACAAAAGGCAUUUUCUGCAACA